AUGACCUGGCUCAAAUCAAACAAUGUUACCUUAUCUAAAAACUCGGCACAAUCCUUUUAUCUAGACCAACCUAAAAAAACUAAACCAGUUGAGUUAGCAACUCCCCCAACUAAACCCGAUGACUGUCUCCAAGAUGCUCAAAAUUGUGUUUACUUUUCCUUUUUUAACUCGAAAGAAAAAAAAUUAUACACUCGCUUCAAAGACAAAGUCGAAGCUAACUUUGAAGGCACUCAAGCUCAGCAACCUCUGUUAUUUUUAACCCUUACUUUUAAUACUAAACACGAUAAUUAUUCGGCUUUUACUACUAAUUGGAAUCCGGAAGAUCCGGCCGAACCCUUAAAAGUCAAAAUUGAAAAAGUCCCUUCCACUUUUCAGAACUGCAAAAAAAUGGAGUUUGACACUUCCAUUUACUCUCUACUCCGAUCGUUCCUUACUCGCAUAAAUGCACUCUCGACAAGAACUUUACCUCUUGUUGAAACUGCCGUGCCUACAUUUCCCAAUUAUGACCUUACGGAAGAGUAG